AGCAGCUCGAGGACUGAUCGUGCGGCAGGAUGAGUGCAAGCUCUGAUCCCGUGGUCAUCGUCUCGGCGGCGCGGACCGCCAUAGGUUCCUUCAAUGGUGCUUUAGCCGCUGUCCCUGUCCGUGACCUGGGCUCAGCUGUCAUCAAAGAAGUCCUGAAGAGGGCCGCUGUGGCUCCCGAAGAGGUGUCAGAGGUCAUAUUCGGACACGUUUUGGCAGCAGGUUGUGGGCAGAAUCCUGUUCGACAAGCCAGUAUGGGUGCAGGAAUCCCUUACUCUGUUCCAGCAUGGAGCUGCCAAAUGGUCUGUGGGUCAGGCCUAAAAGCCGUGUGCCUUGCAGCACAGUCCAUAGGGAUAGGAGACUCCAGCAUUGUGGUUGCAGGAGGCAUGGAAAGUAUGAGCAAGGCUCCUCACUUGAUUCAUUUGAGGGCAGGAGUCAAGAUGGGGGAAAUGCCACUGACAGACAGCAUCCUCUCUGAUGGGCUUACCGAUGCAUUCCACAACUAUCACAUGGGCAUGACAGGUAAGGCACCCACGGCCAAAAACACACUGAGUGCGGACAGGUUUCCAGAAGGUCCUAUAACCACUGGCUUUGCAGGUGUUCUCUUCCUGAAGGGCAGAGAUUGUGUCCUGAUCAUUCUGUCUUUCUCUCAUAUGGAAUGUAAAACUCAAGCACAGAAGGGACACUUCAUUUUAGACUUGAAGAAACAAGCCCUGAGAUGUUACAUGCCCUUGCUUAAAUGUAUGUGGCAAUGGCUCUGGGUCCAGGAGCAGUAG